UCCUAAUACCACAGCGGUUUCAACAUGGAGGUGCCCAUGGAGAGACAUGUCUGAAGGAGACUUGAUACAAAGGAGAUUAACCUCACCCUUUCACGUCCCCGUGAUCCACAUGAUGCAUGUACUAUGAACUGUGCCCGCUGUCUACUACGGCUCCAGAGUGUAGGGUUCCUGGCCCCCUCUGUCAGAGCAGCUGUCCAGCAUGCUGCCCUGCUUCAGCCAGCCACAGCACUGAACCAAAUGACAGUACACAACACAUGUGGCCAGGCACUCAGGCGUUUCCAUGGCAGCCCUGGAUGUUAUAAGAGCCAGCCUGUACCCACGGACCCUGGUGAAGCGCAUGAGGAUAGAAUAAAGAAGGACAAGUCACUGAUCACUCACGAUGACCUGUUUGAGAGGGUGGCCAGGGAGGCCAAGACUAAGGCCACCUUCAACAGAGUGGUGGAUGUCUUCAGUAAGAGGGACAUACGGCGUCGGGGUCACGUAGAGUUCAUAUACGCUGCCUUGAAGAAGAUGCCAGAGUUUGGUGUGGAACGGGACCUUACAGUCUACAACAAGCUGUUGGAUGUCUUUCCCAAGGAGGUGUUUGUCCCCAGGAAUUUUAUCCAGCGCAUGUUCAACCACUACCCCCGACAGCAGGAGUGUGGGGUUCAACUGCUGGAACAGAUGGAGAACUAUGGUAUCAUGCCAAAUGUCGAAAGUAAGGUCCUGAUCGUCCAGAUCUUCGGGGACAAGAGCCACCCGAUGAGGAAGUACCAGCGCAUCAUGUACUGGUUCCCCAAGUUCAAGCACGCCAACCCCUUCCCCGUCCCCCUGCAGCUCCCUGAGGAUCCUGUAGAUCUGGCCCGCCUCAGUCUCAACCGCAUCGCCAACGACCUGGACGCUAAGGUCACCGUCUACCAGAUGCCCUGUACCGACAUCUCUGAGUCAGGAGAGGAGAUCACCUUCCCACACGUCGUAGGGAUCCAGAGCCCAGACCAGAUGGAGCUGCUGGCUAAACAUAACCCCAACAGGCCUGUGUUUGUGGAGGGCCCCUUCCCCCUGUGGCUGAGGAAGAUCUGCGUCUACUACUACAUACUUAGAGCUGACCCACUGCCCCCCGAGGAGAAGGUGGAGGAGCCUUACGACCCUGAGAGGUGUUUCGACUACCCUCUUCAGCUGGACCUGGACUUGGACCGGGACAUGGGGGACGACGACAGCUUCAACGUGGAAGACGUGGAUGAAGGGCCGGUGUUCGCCAUGUGUAUGACGAGCCAGGGGGAUCAGGCCACCCUGAACCAAUGGAUCUCAGGCCUGCAGGAGACCAACCCCAUCCUGGGCCGCGUCCCUACCCUGUUCCGCCUGGAGGCCGGUCCCAGGGAGCUCCAGGGAGUGGCAGACCCAGGACCCGGGUACAGGGAGGAGGGCGAAGAGGAGGCAGAGACACAGACGGAGGUAGAGACAGAUAUUGUUGUGGAGGAGGAGCAUCGGCGUAGCCAGGAAGUGAAGCAGUGACCAGCGCCAGGACUAUGAUACAGCUCACUUCACUACCAGAGAUUACCCGGAGAGCUAGCUUUCUGUCACAGCGCAUUUAUCAUAACUAGGAGUUCUUUUUGUCAGGUCACUUCUGGCCCUCAUCAUAACAUCUGGUAAUCAUAGGAUGUCUUCAAGUUAAAGUGGAUUUAAUACCUAAUUAUAAUGUACCCACCUAUAGUCAACUCAUGUAUGAUCUUUCAAGAAACCAGCUAUUGGGAAAAUACUGUAGAUGAUAUGUACGGCUAUAACCUGAUGCCCUCAACUCAUUUGAUGUUUCUGUAAGAAUGCCUUUGAUAAGACUCUUGAAGGAACUUUGAAUUUGCACUGUGUCAAGACAUGCUCAAAUCAACGCAAAACAAUAAAUUAUUUACUUCUAUAGACGUUUCUUUUGUAUGGCAUGUAAGAUGGAUGGUAACAUAUCGAACGAGUUUUGUUUCACAGGCCUCUCCCAGCCCACCUUACUUGAUAACACCUACCUCCCAUUAAAUCAUAGAACCACUUUAAAAGUUACCAAAAGGGUUUAUUAGUACCUUUAAAAAAGGCAUUUCAACAUUCCCUUUUAAACAAACAAGGUAGGAACCAAUUGAAAGUGGUACAUUCUCAACAGGUAAAUAGUACAGCUUGGUCAGUGUCCCCUGUACAUUUUAAAGUUCAUUACAGCUGUACAAGAAAAAGUUCACAGUACAUUCUGUUUUCAAUGCAUUUUCAGUCCGUUAAGACAGACUGUGCUCUAUUGGACAUUAUUUUCAGCAUAUUGGUGAACCAAAAACACUGCAAAUAAAUCUCUUCCACAUGAUUUCUGAUACUUCCUAAAUGUCCAACACUUCACAUCCAAGCAGCAGGCCAUUGGAUCAUACUUUUGUUGUUAGAAGUAAUUUUGACUGGGGAAAAAAUGCUGAUUUGUUGAUUGUUUAAUCAAAGAUAUUAAAUACAAAUGAAAUA